AUGACUACAGACCAUCAAAACGAGCCCGCCAAGCGUGCGAACCGUGCCGGUAAGAAUGAAUUCGUGGGCACUAUGCUCAAGUCUAUGAUCAGCGGGUCUGACAGCGAUAAAGACGGAAGAAGUCAAAGUGUCCUGGUGAGCGUCCGGCAUGCUCCUACUGUCUUCGUCUCGGCCAGGACUGCGUAUAUGCAGCGGGAGAAGAUGACCGACCUAGCCGCGCAAUGGACCGGUUUGUCACCCAGCGCUCCCACCAAUCUUAAGGACUAUGGGCGGCUGUAUCUUAUAUGGUGUCACCGACAGCCCUUGGAGUUGUUUGAAAAGGACGGCUUUCUCGACUCCUUGGAGACAAGGGACCAUGAGCUCAUACUGGCAAUAAAAAGCCUUUGCUUACGUUUUGCUUCGGGGCCAAGCACAACUGAGAAUGCACAGGAGAGGCAGUCUAUGGCUGACAUGUCUCACCGACUCGCAAUGGAACGAAUUGCACAAGGCGACGUGCAGCUGUCUACUUUACAGACUUUAUGCUUGUUGAGCAUGGUCGAUUUCACCGGUGGAAGGACUCUAAGAGCCCUAAUGAGUUGCGACCACGCCUUGCAGCUUCUUCAGAAAUUGAUUUGGUUCACUAGCCCUUCUGAGAGGAAGCUGCUUGUUCAGAACCAUGAGUUUGUUGCAUGUGUCCAGAGUCUGAUCACGCUGAGGAACUUGCAUGCUGCAGGCUGCUCGACAACCAUUGGGAAUCUACCCAGAUCUGUCAAUACAAGCUCCAACUCCCAGUUGACUAAUAACCCACUGCUUUUGUCGGCUAGAAGCGACAAGGAAGAUGAUAUUUUAGUCUUCACAAACCAGCUUGCCGAAGUCUGGCAGAUGGCAAGCUGCUACGCCGCUUGUCCAGCAGACUCGAAUACCCCACCACCGUGGACAUCUGAGUCCGACUACUCGCAUAUCAUGUCGCGGCAUCUGGACAUCGACAGCCGGGUCCCCAUGAAGUACCGAUUCCACGAGAAUAACUUUCAAGACCGUGAACCUGCCGAAUUGCACGAGCAGCGGGGAUACUGGGGACCAUGGUUGUUUGUUCAGUUCGUCUACGCUGCAAUACCAUGUCUGCUGAAUCAUCCCUUCUUGCUCUCGAUGAGGCUCCGUAACUUUCGUCACACGAUGCCACAGUCUUUUAUCCAGCAGUCCUUUGAACAGAUCACGCGCCAUGCCGGCUGGAUCAUGUACUUCCUCGACGUACUUGAGAGCAAGUCAUUCCAGAUCUCGGACCCCGUGUUGGGUCAUUGCGUUGCCAUCAUCGCGACAAUUCAUCUCCAGCACAGCUUCGUGCGAAAUGAUACACUUCGAACGAGAGCCCAGAACGGAUUCGAGAAAUGCAUGACCUUCUUGCGACGAAUGGGACGUAUUUGGCCUAACAUAGCCGUCAUGGCGAACAAGUUACAGAGACUUCAACAAAGCAUCGUCGUCGUCGUAGAUGCCUCUGUGUCUGGAAUGGAUGGUCACCGCUCGGAAGGGCCUGAUGCGCAGACCUGGUCAAUUGACGCAGCGUUGCUCUGGGAAAUAUUGGUUUACGAGAAGGCCGGAUGUUGUAGCUUGCCUGACAACCUCUCAUCAGUGUUUGGGGACUCUCUUCUGCCGAAGUCGCCAACCCCAGAAACGUCAGCGCAAGAAGGCAAAACCGAGUUCGACCUGAUCGGGUCUGAAGGCAUCGCUGGACACAAGACUGUGCACAGGCAGACACCACUUCAUGCUCCAGGACAAUCCGCAUGGACAUUGGACUCGAUUCCACCCCUUCAACGCGGGACUUCGGUUCCGGACGUGGGUCCCACAGAGUCGUCACCAACGGUUCUGGAGACUAUGGGCGGAAGUCAAGCCCAACAAGGCUUCUUUCUUGGAGCUGACGAUUACGGCAGAACGAUCGAUGCGUGGCUGGACCUGGACCUUGUACCAUAA